CACCGAAAGACGACGAUUUUUUACCGAAAAGGAGUAAAGGAAGGCGACAAGGAGGAAAACGGCGAUGGGAAAGUCAAGGAGAAAGUGAAAUCCGAAGAUGCACAUUCAUUACAUAGCUCUUUGGAAGCGGUUGUUUUCGAUAGAACACAGUGGGAACGGACAAGAUUUGCCUAUGAAGCUGCAAUGAAUAGCAAAAGGUCCUGUGAACCAAUCGAGGUGAAAGGUGAGCCCAUGCUAAGAGACACCCCUAUGAUGGGUGAAGCGAGGCAAUCAAUGGUGGUCAGAGGCGACUAUCUCAACGAAAGGCCCAAGUUCACCCUUAUAUUACUGGUGAUAGAAGCAGUCUGGUGCGCUAUUUGUGUACUGAGUUAUGCUGGUUCCGAAAAUCCCAUGCUUCCGUUAUUACUCGCUAUUUUUAACAUGCUUGUAGUGUUUUUGCUUAUACUGGGAUGUCUCAGUGUAGAGUUCUUCCGAUUACAAGUGCGAAGAGAAGACAAUCGAUCGGAAACGAGAUUUUUCGUGCCCUAUUCGUGGAGAUAUAUGAUAUGCGAAGCGCAUAUAUUACGGGCCUGUCUGCUGUGUGCAAAUAUCACCAUAAUGGCAUUUGAUGAUGAUUACGAUCUAGCCUCCGUUUUUAUACUCGCUGCUACUCCUAUUCAUCUAAUAAUAGUCCUUAUACACAUAUUCAUUGCUAUUAAGCCCAAACGUGAAUAA